CGACGAGCUCCAUCAGGCACGGGCGCGGACGGCCACAGGCUCAGGGUCCGCUGGUUGGGAAGGUGUUGGUGGGCUCCGGGUUCUGAGAGUGCGGCGUGGAACUUGGCGUCUCCGAACGGUGCGGAGGUCGUUCCGUGGAGUAGCUAAGGGCUGGGCUAUUUUUCCGCGACCUCUGUUGCUGGUCGAGAGAGGAGUGCGGAACAGGCGAACGGGAUAACGGAGUUCCAGGCCGGACCGGGAAGGGCACGCCCACCUGCUGGAAGCGGCGGUGCCGAGACGUUUGGGGAGACCGGCAGGCGUGGGAACGCGGCGGCGUGGACCGAGCUGGCUCGCGGCGGGCGAGGAAGAGCAUGAGUGGAGCCGAGCCCCGGAUGGAAGUAUGUCCUUACUGUAAGAAGCCCUUUAAGCGAUUAAAAUCCCACUUGCCGCACUGUAAAAUGAGAGGACCGUCCGUAUCUGCUGAUCAGAACUUUUCUCAGCCCAAGCCAGCUGCACUUGCUCAAAAGGAGAAGAGGCCUUCCAGAGGCUUAACCCGAGCUAAAGAGAAGGAGCUAGAGCUAGACCGUCCGAAAAGAGCUGUGAAAGCGGAAACCAGCCGGGCAUCGUGGCCAGCUGCAGCCUCUCCACUUCCGGAGGGGGUCUUGGGAAGCGUGCGGAUAACAAAAGCCGAAGGAGAAACCAAAGAUCACAGUCAAUUCUCCUUCCAGGCACUCAGCCAGGCCAAGCCAGAGGUGACUCUGCAGAGAGUCACAGCCCCUCGGACUCCCGCGUCAGAUGCCACCUCUCCUAAGAGAGAACUCACCCAAGAUGUGUCUGAGUCCAAGGGAAGUCCGUGGUCCUCAGAGACAGAAGUGCCUUCACUGGUCAGCUCAGUGGAACCUUUCCUUACUAAUCAAGAGAAAAAAUAUUCGUCAACGCAGCCUCAUGCUAAACCAGCCAUUUCUGUCCGGCUCAAGUUAGGCACAGUUGAUCCCCAAAGACAGAAGCUUCGGGUAAAAUUAUUAGAUGUGCCUCUUGGUGAUUGUCAUUCUCCAAAGAGUGGCAGCCAUGGGGUUCAGAGAGUAGCACCCUCAGCGUUGAGCAGGGAGAAAGGUUCCCAAGAUGGAGGCCACCUCUUGGGAGUCUCUGCCCACCCUGGUAACACCAAGACCCAGGAAUCAGAGUCACUCCUCCACACUGGCCUGCUGGGUAAAGCACGGGUCAGAGAGCACCAGGAACUUGGCCUCGGGAUGGAGUUGAGCCAGAGCAAGGGAAAUACUGAGAACGGGAUAUCUGUCACCAACGUACAGGAAGGGACUGGCUUGGGCCAAGGUGGUAAGGACCCCAUUACAGCCACAAAGGCAAAGCCACAUGCCGCCCUCGAACUUAGGAAUGUGUUCAUGAUGCCACAGGGAGCUUUGAGUAACCUCUCUGUGCCGGAGUCAGGGAAUCAGAGCCUCACCUCUCCGGCUGUGACAUCUACUCCAGAAGAGAAUGCCCAGUUCUGUGGCCAAAGCCAUGUCCCUGCCAUAACACUGUCAAUGGGAAGUGUGAGGGGUGUUCUGGAACCCACACCUCUCUGCCAGCCCCCCACGGCCCAGGCCGGGCACUGCCUAAUGUCAUACUCAGCUCAGUAUCCUGUUCCUAAAACCUUUGUCGGUCAUGUUGCUGCUACCUCAGGGGCUCCUCCCAGCUCCAUGGGACUGGAGUGGUUUCCAGAACUCUAUCCUGCUUAUGUUGGACUAGGGGUGCUGCCAAGGAAGCCACAGUCUUGGAGCUUGGCAGCUCAGAUCCCUCCUCUUGCCACUUUGCAAGGCAGGAGCGUCUCAAUAGUUCCUUGGUGGGGACGAAGUUCGGCUGAUAGCAGGAGUCUGGAACCCCUGGCGCUUACAACUUCCAGCCUCCCUCUAAUGAGACUCUUGGGAGCUGUGCACAAAGGCUGGGUGCAGUGCAACACCACCGUAAAGAAGAGCGGUGUGGGUGGCCUCACGAUGCUCUUUGCUGGCUACUUUAUCCUGUGCUGUAACUGGAGCUUCAAGCAUCUGAAGCUGCAGCGCUGGCGUAAGUAAAGGCAAGCAUGUCCAGGAGCCACAGAGAGUGACAGACAACUGAGAGCAGAAGAAACUUGACAUUUGUACCAGGUCACAGAGGGUGCAAAUAAUAAAACUGCUGACACCACACUUUUCUUCCUUCUUUUUUUUUUUUUUUUUUUAAGCUGGAGGACAGCUUUAUAAGCGUUUCAGAGGAGAAAUGGGGCAGGCGGGCUGUAAGCCUGGGCAGCUGCUGCAAGGACGGACAAGAGGAAAGCCGUCGCACUUGGUUUGGUUUUUGUUUUUAAAGGCAGGCUCACGCU